AUGGAGAGUGAUGCAUGGGGGAUUUGGAUUUUAAACAAAAUUGGGAGGUUCAUUGAAGGUGUGCCCACUGAUUGUCGAUUAUGUGAUAAUGGUCCGGAGUCUGUCUCACAUUUGUUUCUCUAUUGCCAUGUUGCUCAAGUUGUUUUAUUUGCUUGUCCUCUAAACCUGAGGUUACAUAACAUCAAUAUGGGUUCUGUGAAAGAGUUGCUGGCCUCAUGGAUUUUGGUGCGAGAUAACAACUAUACAUUCAACUUAGGAGUAUGUAUGUUGUGGGCUGUUUGGAGAGGCAGAAAUGAUUCAGUCUUUGAGCAUAAACCUAUUAAUAUCCAGUCUACUAUAGCACAUAAGAUAUACUGGUUUAGUAUGUUCUAUUAUUAUGAGGAGGGGUCUGAUGUUCAAGCCACAGUCCCUAUUCAGACCUUUACUGCCACUGUUAAGAAUCAGCGAUGGAUACCCCCUCUUGAAAAUAUGAUAAAACUGAAUGUAGAUGCAGCAUGGCGGACAAAUAGAUCUUCUUAUGCAGUGGUGGGAAGAAAUCAGGCUGGGAAGUUCUUAUGUGCACAGGCGGAUGUAGCUGAUUACCAGAGUCCUCUACUCGCAGAAGCUUCAGGGUUCUUGCUAGCUAUCAGGCUUGCCGCGGAUAUGAAGUUCAAUAGAAUUGUCAUUGAAGGGGACUCUCAAAGAGUAGUUCUUGCAUUAAAUGGAGUAACUCUCAAUGUCCUUUGGAGGCUACUUCGGUAUAUUGAUCAGAUCAAAUUGAUGGUUAGUAAAUCUGAUCAGGUGGUAUUUUCGUUCGUUCUGCGAUAG